AUGUUUGAAAAGGAGCGAGCAGAGUUGGCAGUCAAGGAAACGGUUGGACGUAAGCUUUUUAUCAGCUCUUCACGCCAACAGCAGCUAAUGACAUACAGUCCAAGCAGCCUUGAAUUGGCUUAGUGACAAUCGAGACAAAUCGAUGGAGGAGGUCUCUGGCCCUCAGCAAACUACAAACUCGGAAAGUCCAGAGAACGACCUCCAUACUCAACACUUGACAAUUGAAAAUUUCAAGACAUACCUGGAAGAGAACCACUACCCUGUUCACAUGCACGGCUUCGUCAAAAGGAACAACAAUGGUGGGUCGGUGACAGUGAUUGAGUUAUACUCGGCUGUUCAAAAGAAAGGGGGCUACGACGUCGUUACAAAUGACCAAAGGUGGUCGGAAAUUGUAAUGGAUUUGUUCAAAUGCGACGAGGCAGGCGCUGAGACCUUUAGCGUAGAUCUCCAGGCAUAUUAUAAUUACUAUUGUCUACCUUUUGAUGCGGGACAAGAAUCUCCCGAGAAGAAAGAGGAAACUGCUCACGACUUUAUGGGUAUUGAUGAGGACUUGGGCGAUGGUUCCACACUUGGUGAUCCAGGUGUCUCUCACUCGGCUGGACCCAAAAGGUAUUUCUUUUGCGAAAGCUAGGUUGAGUAUUUGCUAAUCUUGUAUUAGUUCCGAAAAAACAGUCCAUGUAAAGAAAUUACCCGACAGCUCCAAAGAGCCAGAAAGCUUAAGCGAAGAAAUCCCUCGGAUCCAAAAACUCCUUCCCCGUGUCACAUAG